AUGUUCAACGCCUUCUUUGACUUCGAAACAUUAAAUGGUUUAGAAUCUUGUCUUCAAUUCUGGGAUCAUGCUACAUACAUUUUCAAACCAAAAAAGAUCAUUGUCGAGUUCCACAAUGAUCAACUUGCUUCUGAACAAAUCAGGAAGUAUUUAGCAAUAUCACUCCAGAAAGAAUAUCAUCAGAUUUCUAUCAGAAGAGGGACUGUGGAUUCAGAAUACUUGGACUAUCUGAUGGAAAAUGUGAACUUGAAUUCAAAAUUGUUGAUUGGAAAAAAGAAUUGGAGGAGGAGGAAAAAGCAUCUACGGACCACUUUAAUUGGCAAAGUACAACGGAAUGGAUGUGGCGGUUCGAGCAUAUCUGGAGUCGUCAUCAAAGUAUGCCAAAAGAGAAAUCGAGAACCUUCGGGACGUCGGCCGCCAUCAAAACAUCAUCCACUCGGCGUAUUCAGAAGUUCAGGGCACGCGAUUUUGUGUUGUCCUCGAGCUGUUCGAGGCCAACCUGUUCGACUUUAUCCGGACGCCGGAUCUCCAGGAAAAAAUCGAGAUCAAAGUGGGAGAAGUUCUGGAUGGGGUGUCACAAGGCUUGGCAGAGCUUCACCACUGCCAAAUCACGCUCAACAACAUGAGCCCGAGCAAUAUUUUGCUUUCGAGAGGUCGGAAUCGGAAUGUGAAGCUCAGGAUUGGAAAGAGUACAAAAAGACAACAUGGGAUGUCAGACCAUGGGAUGUGGAAGUGGCUCAGAAGGAAUCAUGCCACUUCCUAGCCGAGCAUCUCGUCGCACGAUUGACGGAUCCAGACGUUGCCAAGAUUCCAGCCAAAUUUAUAAAUCGUCACCCAUACUUUUGGAGCGACGAUUUGAAGCUGGACUACAUCCAAGCCGUCUCGGAGAAGUUCAAAAGUCUGAAACUCGCCAAUGUUCCAGAACGUGUUCUCAUCGAAAUGGAUUCGAACGACGUGAUUGGACGUAGCUUCAAGACAAAACUGUGCACAGUCAUUGCUUCAGUAGUUUCCAAGUACAACGGAUGGGAAGUCUAUGAUGUCCUGAGGCGCAUACGGAACUUCAAGGCGCACUACUACGAAGCCUCGACAGCAGUCAGUCAGGUUUUCUCUCCAGAGCCGAUCAAGAUUCUGGAGCACUUUUCAAAGCUACUCACAAUCAGCAUCUAG